UCUUGUUGCCGUAAUAAAUACCCCCCCCCCUCUCUCUCUCAUUUCUCAUCAAAUCUUUAAAGAAGGCUUUUCUUCCUUUACAUAAGAAUCUCGGUUCGGUUCUGUCAAUUCUUGUUGACAAAGAGAAGAAAAUGAUAGAGGAGGAGGAGGAACAAGAUCAAUUGUCAAUGUCAGUAGAUCAUCAAGAGUAUAUCGUGGAGGAUGCUAGUUCAGAAACCGACGAGCCGUCUGAUCCACGCCCUGAUGCUGCCGCUGAUCAAUUCAAGAAUUUUACUCGAAAUGGAAUGAUCAAGAUUGGAGAAGAAUCCAGCCAAUAUGAAUCAGUGAAGAGGAGGUUUCUUGCGGGCAUGAAACAGUAUGCCAGGGACACAGAUGUUGUUGCCUUACACAAGAUUUCGGGUUCUACUCUCGCGGUGCAGGCUCGGUUCGCUGCGUUUAGGGUUUAUGAAGGGGCCGUUUUAAAGAAGAGUGAAGGGAAAUGGCAAGGAGAAGGAGAAGGGGUUGCAAAUAUAAUGUAUGGUUGGUACGGUGGUUCAAAGGAGGAAAUUACUCAAAUAAUUUCUCAUGGGUUUAGUCAGUGUAAUGGUCAAUCACAUGGUGUUGGUGUUUAUUUGUCUCCUACAAAUUUUCUCCUUGAUGGGCUGGCAUCUUCAAGUGCUGAUGAAAAUGGGACAAGGCAUAUGCUGUUAUGUAACGUUUUAAUGGGGAAGAUGGAAGUGAUUCCUGCGGGUUCCAAGCAAACGUAUCCAAGUUCGGAGAAGUUUGACACCGGUGUUGACAAUCUUGAAGCACCAAGAAGAUUGGUUGUGUGGAGUGCUUUCAUGAAUUCUCACAUUUUCCCUAUUCACAUAGUGAGUUUUAAGGUCCCUUCUUUCCAUGUUUUGCUAAGAAAUCAGAUCAGUGAACUGAAAAAGCACGGUCCUAUUAGUGUUGCUGCUCUAUUUCCUGUACUGGCAAAGUUGUUGGGUCCUGCCAAGAAGGCUUUGAUGGCAAAAAUCUUUGAUGACUUGCGCAAAUGUAAGAUUACCCGACUGCAGCUGGUCAAGAGUCUGAGGCGGGUUGUUGGGGACGACCAGCUGUUAAUUGCGAUCAUUGAGUCAUACCGAGACAAGCUUGCGGUUAGAAAGCAUCAAGCAGUACAUGUGGGGCACAGGCAGCAGCUUAUAUAAGAGGGAAAAUGUUCUGAUAAGCUAGAUGAUGCUCGGUGUACAUUCAAAUUUCAUGAUACCAUGAUUUUACUGGUGGCAUAUUAUUGUCAGUUUUUUGCACAAACUAGCAGUUUGCUUGUUAUCUCUUCUGCAUUGUUUUGUUUUGUAUAGCUGGUUUGUAUUCAUUUGUUUUUGUGCUGUUGGGUAUUUUUCCAUACUUUGUAGCAGGAUAUUCCUGUUGAAGUUGAUUUUUGACUAAUGAAAUGAAAUCAUCCAUCAGGAAAGAAAGAUGAAAAAUG